UCUUGUGCUGGUUGAGGCAGUCGCCACUAGGGGGCCGAGAAGGCUCAUUGCUAGUCUAGACUUCAUACAAGUCGCUCCGGCUAGGAUUUACCAUCAGUUUUGUUGGGAAUGUGCGUAAAUGGAGUGAAGUGACUACACGAUUCUUCUUGGGAAACGCGAGAAUGCAGGAAGUUGGCGAUGAACCGGAUGUGCCUAAGGAUGUUAGCCAGGAAGAACCAACGCUGAACCAAGUAACUGAAAAUACCAACAGUCAAGUCAAUGAAAAUCAAGAAGAAAUUAAUGUAGAAGCCACAGAGAAUGCUGAUAUACAAAAUGAGGACAUAGAAGAGGAGGCACUUCAUUUGGAUCCCUCUAAUGAGGAUGCUGAAGGUGUAGUAGAUGAAAGCGUUGAAGGUGAAGUAGAUCUUCAGAUUUCUGAUGCUGGAGGAGCUCUCCAGAUAGAUGAUACUGUAAUUGGAGAGGCUCAUGAAGAAAGUGAACAAUUGCAUCAUGAUGAUCCCAUUGAAACUGAGGAAUGUCAGGAAACGAAUGAAACUGAAGAAGUAUCACAGGAAGAGCCUGUUAUUUCUGAACACAUGACUGAGGAACACGAAGAAAUGGUAAUUGAUGAAGAGCCCUUUGUAAGUCAAGAUAUUCAAGAAAAUGGGGAUCAUUGCCAAGAGGAAGCAGCUUUAUCUCUUCAGGAACAGAGUUCUGAAAAUGGACCUGAUUUGGAAUGUGACAACAAUGAUGAUCAAAAUCACAUUGAGGAAGAGGAUGUCAUGAAGGGAGUUGAUGAAACUGGGGAAACUGAGGUUUCAAAUAUUGAUGGCACUUCUUCCCAAGGUUUGUCGGUUGACCAGCAAGAUAAUUAUAAUGUGUCAAAUGGAACAGGUAAUGAAAAUUUGGAAAACUUGGAUGUGGAAAAUGAAAGAGAAGAACACAAUGAAAGUAGCAGCCAAAGAAAUGAAGAAACUUUAGAGAUAAAGGAAUUUGGGGAUGAUCCUGAGGCUGGGGAAGGAGUUGAAGAUGAUCCAGAUGACAUGGAUGUAGAUGGACCUAAUCAUGUUGGAAGUGUAGGUGAUGAAGCUGUAAAUGGAGAUAUAAUGGAAGAUAGUGGGAGCAGUGAAACUCUGAAAAUCAGUACCAUGCCAUCAGAAUUUAAAUCAUUACCCCAAUGUCGGUUAAAACGUAACUAUUCGUGCAUGCACUGUGGUUUCAACACUCAAAACCCACGAGAGCAUCUUUACCAUCUUAGAGAUGAGCAUGGUGAGAGAAUGAAGGUGUUUGAAUGCCCCCGUUGCAUUUAUGCUUCCAAAAAUCAGCAGAAGUUGAUCCGUCAUGCCCGGAUGGUGCAUAAGUUAAAAAUCAAAACAAAAGAGAGUAGCACAAGUCCGUAUAAAAAGAGAUCAAAAUCUCCUAGAGCUAAAGUUUCACCUUCAAAAUCAUCAAGAGGAAGUGUAUCCCCUGGGAAGUCAUCUAGAAGUUCUCCUGGAAAGUCACCCAGAAGCUAUGAAGGCACUGAUGGCUGGGAUGAAGAAGAUGAUGAGGAUGAUUAUUUAGAUGAUGAUGAAUCCUCUAUGAAGGAUGGUGAGAAGGGGUCCUUUAGCUGUGUGCAGUGUGAUUAUACCUGCCGCAGCCGAAAGCUUUUGAACCGUCAUGAGACAACUUUUCAUUUGAAACGUCGAUUCUUUCGAUGUGUGAAGUGCAAUUAUGUAACGCACCUAAAGGGUCGAUAUACCAAACAUAUGAAAUACCAUCAGUUACCUAUUUUGAAAUGUGAAUAUUGUGAUUUCAGAACUCCAUACAGGUGGAAUCUAGAUCGCCAUAUGAAGAACCACACAGAAGAUUGUGGUGAAUAUAAGUGUCACUUAUGUAAUUUUACAGCUCAAAUAAAACAAAGCCUCACAGUGCAUAUUUCAAAUCAUCACUUGACACCAGAACAAAUAAGGGAGAGAGAGAUGAAGAGGACAAUUGGGAUAAGUGAUCCAGCUGAUUGCACAUCUGAUGACCAAGAAAUGGAAAUGAUGAGACUUGAACGAGAUGAACAUCCAGAUGCCUUACGUUUACCAGGAAUAGACUAUCCAGAUUCGCCCUUUGGCCAAGACAGUCAUCAUAAUGGUAAUAGUUUCAGAGUUUCAAAUAUUGACAUGGGAGGAACUGAAGAUUCACAGGUUAAUGCUGAUGACAGCAAAGAUGAAGAUGGUGAGCCCAAACCAAAGAAACCAAAAAUCAAGAUAACCUUGAAGAAAAUGAAGGAACCCAAGCAACAGAAAGAUACAUUUUUUCAAGAACUCAAUGAAAGACAUAAUUUUGAGGAGGAUUUCAUUCAUCCAGAUGAUGUUGUACAUCGCCAUGGCAAUGUCUACAUUAAAACUUUCAAAUGUCGUGUGUGUUCUUAUAAGGCUGCUUUCAAAAAUGAAGUGUCACGGCAUGAAAAGAAGAUUCAUAGCAUACCUAUGCCAAAGUCUGAAACUCAUUCUAAAAAAAGUAAAAAGUCACCAAAAUCAUCCAGAUCUCCUAAAGAACGGCCUGAUACGCUUCAGCAGAUUCUUCAGUACCCUCAGUCUUUCACCAUAAAUGAAGAUUAUGAGCCAAAGAUGCGGAGAGAGUCAACAGAACGAGCUAGCCCAGUGGAAAGAAGAGAAUUUGAUCACAGAGAAAAGACCAGCACUAAAUAUCAUAAUAAUAAUAACAACAAUAGUGAGCAAGGAAGUUCAAAUUCAAGGUCAGCGGAUGAUUCCUGUGACUCCCAAGCGGCUAGUUCAAAGGAAUCAUCACCAUCUAAAGAUGUGAAGAAGAAAAAUUCGUCAUCCUUUUUUGAUAAGCUUCAAGAGAAGAUAUCGACUUCUAAUGUACAAAAUCUUGUUUGCCAGUUCUGUGGACAUGAAUCUAAAUGUCUCUCUGAAAGUGUACGUCAUCAGAAGUUGCACUUGAGUGCAAAAAAUAUAUAUGCCUCAGCCUCACUCUCUACUAGGUGCCAGUUCUGUCGACAUCGAUGCAAAACCACUGAUGAUUUGGUAAACCACUUGAAGUUAUGCCCUGAAGCCCGUAAAAAUCAAAUCAUGGAUUCUGGAAAAAGAGUAAGUGGAGGUAGACAUGAUGAAAAUGAUGAUGAUGAUGACUCUUAUCAAGAUGAUUAUCCAGAGGGAGCUCCUGAGAAUGAAGAGUCUAUGAAUGAUGAUAGCAAAGAUGGUGAAGUGCAAGAUGCCCUUGAAGAUGAUAAACACCCUAUGGAAAAUAGAGUUUUUGUGUGGAAUAAGUUUAGAAGUCAGGAAGAGAAAGGUGAACAAGAAGUUGAUGAAAUUAAACAUAAAAUGGAAGUUGAAGAGGACAGUGACGAUGAUAGAGAUAGUAAGUCUGACAUUUUGGACACCCCAUCAAAAGAAUCUAGCAAAAGUCCUGUAAUGAUGGACUACCAGUUGGACUAUAUUGAAAGUCCCACUCCCCAGGGCAGUCAUUAUUAUAGUAAAAGGGUGUUCAGAUGCCCUCAGUGCAGCUUCUGGGCUACAACUGCUUCUCGUUUUCAUGUUCAUAUUGUUGGGCAUUUCAAUAAAAAACCAUAUAAUUGUUCAGAAUGUGGUUACAAAUCUAACUGGCGAUGGGAUAUCACGAAACACAUCAAGUUGAAGACAACACGAGACAAUAGUCAUCAGAAAGCUGAUGUUGUUAUUACAGAUGCUACUGGUGAGAAAAAUUAUGAAAAAUAUGAUCGCUACCUAACUGUCAUUCAACUUGAUGAAACCAAUGCACACCGAACGGAAGGUGGUAUACCAAAUCGGAAGGGACGCCCUAAACGUACUCCAGAAAAAGAUGAAGAACCUGAAUCUGACACUCCAACCACCUCACCAGUUCGCAAGCCUCCAAUGGUAACUAUUCCAGUCAUGCCACGUUUUCAGUCAUUGCCACGUUUGACACGCGCACCUGCUCCAACAACAACUCGGCCAGGUCCAAUGCCAUUUGGACCUAUUUUGCCUGGACCUCAAAUGAUGGUUCAGCUUGCUGGAAGUGGGUCUGCUAACACGUCUAAUAAUGCAGCAAGACCACCCCCUCCGUUGAGUCUUCGAGGGUCAAAUCCCACCAAAGUAACGGCCACAACAACAGCUACCUCUCAAAGUUCAAGUGGCAAAGUGAACAGUGUGGAGGAGAGUGCAGCUACUACUCCAGCUAUCACUGCUCAGUACCAGAUCAUUACUCCACAGGGGGCAGUCAAUACCAGCCUGGAGACACUACAGCUACUUGCUUCAGGGUCUACCAACUUAUCUAGGCUUAAGAAGCUCCAGAAAGAUUGUGUUGUGAGGGCGGAAGAAAAGGAGAGUCAGAACCCGAAUUCCCAUCAGAUGAGAUUGUUAGCGUGGCUGAGCUUGCUGGCAGAAGGGGCCCAGCAUAAGGUAUCUGUUUCUUCUACUGGUGAAGAUGGACGGGAAGUUGCUAAGAUGGUAUUGGAUCAUGAGGGCAACCCAGAAUGGAAAUGCAACACUUGUGACUUCAGGGACAGUGAACGAGAAACAGUUGUGCAGCACGUUAGGCUAGCUCAUGCACGUGGUGGACCUGUUUCGUUACUUCAUGCUGUCCACCGAUGUGAUGUAUGUGGAUAUGCAGCAGGCACCAAGAGAGCUGUGCAGUUGCACAUUGACAGUAGCCAUGGUGGUCAGGGUGGUAUUACCAGUCGCUGUGAAGGGCAGACACCUAACCCUAAAGAAUCUUCAGGUGAUGGUGAACAUGAUCAUCAUGAGAGUCCCAGGAUGAUGAAAUGUCGUAUCUGUCCUUUUUCAUGCAAGAAGAGAAGCGAGAUGAGAGCACACAUUGUGUAUCACACAUCUCGUCAAGACUGCAUAUUCAAAUGCAUGUUUUGCCCUUAUUACGUUCCAACAAAAUUAGAGCUAUUUGAGCAUCUUAGCCUACAUGGAAUGGAAGUUCCAGCUUCAGUACUAGAGGCUGUUAGCAGGAACAAUGGAAAUAGUACUGUUUCACAGGCUUCUAAUCAGCAGGAUGAUGGAUCGAGGCAGUUCUUAUGUGGAGCCUGUCCAUUUGAAACUAGAAGUCGGUCCAAGCUUAUGCAUCACAGACAAUUCCACAAGCCAAAAGGUUUACCAUUCAAGUGUCCUCAUUGUACAUAUAAUGUAACUCGGCGCCACCUGUUGUCUCAACACAUUCGUGUUCAUGGUGUUGACCCUGGUCCUGAUGACGGUUUAGAAAAUAAUGAAAGCACCAUUGAUGAUCGAUCAAAUUCUCCAUCUCCUUCAUUAACGAUCACUCCUGUUACCAGUGUUGCAGCAGUUGGAGAAAGAGGUCAAGAUUCUACAUUUACAGAUGCUUCUGCGUUGCCAAAACUUACUGAUCAAACAACAAUGCUGUUAGAAGAUAUUCCAUUGGUUUGGGUGUCCCGUGAUAAUCGAUUCUUCAAAAUGUUUAAAUGUAGGCACUGUCCCCAUGUAAACCUUCGGAAAACAAAUAUACAAGAGCAUGAAAAAAUGCACAAACCAGAUGCUGCCAGAGAGUCAGGAGGGUUGCAUUGUCCACAUUGUUCUUAUAUAAGUGUGAAUGCAGGUGUGAUGUCUGCCCAUUUGAAGGUACAUGGUGGUUCAAUGGGACAGUGCCAUGCCAUUGUUGACCCAGCUCUGUCGGAUGAAGAUCAGCUACGUCUCCUUACUUCCAAAGCAACUUCUAGUCCUGUUUCAUCUUUGGCCUCCAAUUCACCUGUAAAAGAAGAAAAUGUUGCCAAUAAAUUGGAUGAAAAAAUUUUAUACUUCUGCCAGCUGUGUCCAGCACGAUUCUUCUUUGAAAAGGAAAUUCAGAUUCAUUCCCGAUUCCACUUGUCAUCUCUUCCUUACCAUUGCGAACAUUGUAACUUUGGCGGUCGACAAGAGGCCCAUCUCCUCACUCAUGCCAAAGUUCAUUCUCCAGAAUAUCAACAACGCACUCGCACUAUGUUGAGUCAGCACCGAGCUUCAACCUCACAUCCUCCAGUGCCUGGGCUUAGUCUGCCAAUAGGUACAGUUACUGAAAAUACACCAGCACCUACCCAAGACACUAGAGAAGGAAACAGAAAAAGACCAUAUGUGGCUUCACCACCCCCAUCAACUUCUGGGAUGCCACAGCCUCCUCCUCCAACAAGCAAAUAUAUGUGUGAUCAGUGUCCUGCCUCCUUCUCUAAACUUUUAACUUUACAGUAUCAUCAAUCUUUACAUGGUGCUAAGAAUCCAUACUCUUGUCAGAGGUGUUCCUAUGCAGGUAAAACAACUGACAAUCUGAAGCAGCACCAGCAGCUUCAUGAGCAGCAUGAUGAGGAUGCCAAGACUGGCAGUACAGCUAAAGAGACAGAAGCGAAAGCAGCUCUUGCUGGAGUGGAAACAGCAAAUGCUGCCACUGCUGUGACAGCAGAAGUGACAGCUAACUCAAGACUGAUUUCUCCUGGAAAAACUGAAAAAUAUAGGGUAGAAAAUUCAUCUAAACCUCAUAAACAUUCAAAGCAUGACAAAGAUAGCUCAUCUCACCACCCACCAAUUAAGUUAAAAUUGAUAGGAUUACGACCCAUAUCCUCAGAAAACAAUAGCGGUGGUCGGCCACAAUUCAAGUAUUACGUUGAAGAACAGGUUCCCUUAUCAGGUGUCGAUUUACUGAGGAGAAAAACAGAAAUGGAGAGAGAAGGUCAGCAAAAAGGUGUAUCUGAAUCAACAUUUAGUGGGAAGUCAAGCAGCAAAAGUAAGUCAUCUAAGGAGAAAGAGGAGUCAGAAGUGGAAAAUGAUCCCAUGCGAAUUGGUGAUCGAAACCUUCAUUAUCCUUUGCACAUUGACAAAGUCACUGGAAAAUCUCGUGAGAAACGUUACAAGUGCCAUAAGUGUCCAUCAGCAUUUGAAAAAACAGAGCAGUAUCAUGUUCACACAAAUCUUCAUGGUUCAAAUCAUAAGUAUCGAUGUCAGAUUUGUGACUACUCUGUUAAGUUUUAUGCUAAUUUCAUGAUGCAUAUAAAUCGUCAUAAGUAUCAUGAAAAGAUGGUUGCUCAGAAAUCUGGCACUCCCCUGCCAUCUGAUGAAGACCCGAAGUUCUUGCCUGCUAUUGCUAAUGCAGGCAGUUCUAGUGACAGUAAAGCAUCCAAAAACAAGUAUGAAGAUAAAGAAAAUUUUGAUGACAGAGAUUUGACUACAACUGAACGUCAGCAUUUAUUAUUACAGAAUAAGAAGGGUGUUGAUAAUUCUAAAAAGGAUGCCGACAAGGAAAGACAAGUUUACUAUUGUAUAUAUUGUCCCUAUGCCAAUAUUAGACGUGAUGCUGUUGACAGUCAUAGCUAUCGACAUCUUGCAAAUGGUGGGUAUGGUGUGUACAAAUGUACAUUGUGUGAUUACACUGCCUCACAAUUGAAUUUUAUUAAAGAGCACACUAAAGUUCAUUUCCGUCCUUUUAAAUAUGUGAACCCAGAGGGCUUUAUGAGACAUGACCGACAUGAAAUACUUAGUACACCUGUAAUUGUACCAGGGACAAAGCAGAGUGAUGGACAGAAAUCAGGGGAAUCCAGUAGUCAGCCUUCCCAAGAAAAAUAUCUCGUGUUUUCUCAUGACUCAGGUGUUUUCAAGCCUUCAAAUCCAAGUGAUAAUAUGGCUGACUCUGAUUUAGUAAGUGGAAUAAAAGUAAAUUAUCGAUCUGGUGAUGUAGUUGAUGCACCAAAUGAUUUUGUGAUCUCGUUACGUCCUACCAAAUCGAAAAGUGUACAUAAAGUAUCUGAAGUUAGUGUUACUAUGGCCAGUAGUGAAGCAGCAUCAAAUAAAACUUAUGCUGAUGAAUCAGCUGCCAGUCACAGUGUGAUAGAAAGUACAAAAUUGCCAGGAACUGAAGAACUGAAUGAAGAUGAAGCAUCAAAAUGCCUUACCAAAACUGGUGUAAUGGAUCAACCAUCUUCCAACUCUCUUGGACAGGAAGAAGUUAACAUGACCAAUGGUCAUGCUGCUGCUGAUGAGAAAGAGGCCUUACUUUCUGGGGUUAGCAGUAAUCCUAUGGCUGAUGAUGUAGAAACUGUUGGAAAUGGUGUUGCCUUGACAUCUGAAGAGGAAAAAAUGGAAGUUGAUAAUGGGAACCAAGAAAGUUUGCCCAAGAUUUCCAUUACAAAACAAUGGGGUUCUGAGCAGAAGCCAGAGGCACUGGUUAGCUCCCAUUAGGCAACAUGUCAGUACUGGCAGUUCUUCACUCUAGGGCUGUGAGCACAGUGGUGAUUGCUGUUGCAAAAGUAAUUGCUGUAGUACUGUAUAUUAAAUGUAUUGCACAUGAAUUGAUACUAGUUAAUUCACAAAAGGAUUAUCACUUACUGGCAUUAUUUAUCUCAUCUUAGCAUAAGUUGGCAACACAUUUAUUCUAAACUGCCAUGAUCAGGUUUUUACAGACCAAAGAUUUGGAUGAAUUUGUGAGUUCAGUUUGAGUAGUAUAUUACAAAACUGGUUUUCAUAAUGCAUUAUGUAUAUUUAUUGACUUCCACAGAUUUAACAUUACAGGUUUGGUUAAUGUAUUAUUACAUUCUUGUAUCAUACCUUUUACUGGUCAAGUUGUGCCUCUGUAGUGCUAUCCUGUAUCUUUCAGAACUGGUGAUUUAAGUUUUUAAAAGUAAUCUACUAUAGAUUUAAAACAUAGACAAAGAUUUUUAGGUAAUAUAUAGAAUGAAAUAUUUUUAGAUCCCACCGCAUUUUGCAUAUUCCAUGCAUUGUAAAUAUGUUUGGUAGUGUAUUUUGUCACUGCCUCCUAAAUUUUCUAUCUUGUCAUCUUCAUUGUAUUUUAAUUUCUUUUUUAUGGUUCCUGUAUAUUGUAUAUAUAUUGUGAGUUUUAAUUGUCUAAGGACUAUUUGAUUGUUUCUGACACUUAUAACUGUAAUCCUAAACAUUAUUAAGCAAAAUGUUAGGGUAUCUGUAUUAUAAAAUAUGUAUAUUCCUUGGUGCAGAUAAGAAAAUGUAGUUUUAUGUUCAUCAUUUUUGGAAUGUAUCGUUUUAUAUCAUUGUCAAAGUUGAAAUAAUUUUAACCAAUUAUGUUAGUGUUGGUUUACCAGUAACAAUUAAUAGAAGUCCCACCCCACCUAAUAUGGGAAAUUAAUCGGAGGUAGAGUACACAUAGGUAAUUUUUUUUAAAAUAGUCAGUACUUUUUUUUGAGGUGCUGCUAAUAGGUAAUAUUUCAUCAUGUCUCGAAUUUUAUAAGUAGUUUUCAAGUAACCUCAAGGAUAGCAUCAGUAAUUUACAGAAAAUUUAGUUUGUAUUCUCAGAAUGCAGUUUGAUAUUAAUGCUUUAUGUUCCAGAUAUAAUUUGACCUCUUACUAGCAGAAUGUAGGUACUAAGAAGUUAAACAAGUUUUGCAUAAAUUUAGUAUCAUCUGCAAGUGCUAGUGUUACAUCUUAAAAGCUGGUUUAUGAAGUCUGGUAAAUAUUCCAUUUAAGUUGAAUUUUUUACUUUUCUUUUAAACACAAACAUGUCAAGUACACAAAAGCAUUGGAGCGUGCGGGAUGACGAUAAAUUUUCUGUGCAUUCCAAUUAAAUGUUUCAUUUUUAUUUUAUUCGUGAUGCAAUGAAUGUUUUUGUGGCUGAAGUAUUACUUGUAUGAUUUAAAUAACAAUUUUGCUUUUUUAAAUAGUAAUUAGUGUGACUUGAAGUGAGUUCAUCAUAAGUCUGACUUUGUUGUUUAGUACCUUACUGAAGAAUUAAAGGUAAAGUUCCAGUGCCAAGUCAAAGGAAAGUCAUAUAAAAAAGCAAGUUAUUUUGUGCUUUUGCUGUUUAAUUUCUAGUAUGUUUUUUUUAGUGUGCCAAGAUACAACAAAUUAUUUAAGAAUUAGGACAUUAGUAAAUUAUGAAAUUUAUUGAAUUUGUCUCUUAUAGAGAACUUGCUACAUGUAGGAGAAAAGGAUUGAUUAGUUCGGCUCAAUCAGCAAACAUAUUGGUUUCAUUGAAACAGCUUUUAUGAUGUAGUUUAAAGAGAUAGUCUUGUUUUCCAGAAGUUUUUUAAAUUUUGUUUACAUUGUGGAUAGCAUAUGCUGGCUUUACUUAGUGUUUGAACUAUUAAUUUUAAACAUUUCAUUCCUUUGUUAAAAUGCAUUUUUGAACUCUUCAGAAUGAUGUACUCCACUGAGGCUUACUCAUAUCAAAUUUAACAAAAAUAAACUAUCAAAAGUCACUGAACCUUAGAAUACAGUAAUAGAUAUAUAUUUUGUAAUUUUUUUUUAAAGAUUUCAUCCACUAAAAUGUAACAGGUCAUUUAUUAUCAGGUAUGUUGAUUUAACACUAGUUCAUCGUAUGGUGUUAUCUCUGGAAGAUAUAGCUUUGCUUUUCGUGUAAAUUUUUUUUCAUUAGAAUUUUUAUACAUCAACAAAAGCAUUUUGUUACCACCAAAGGAAUUCCUGUUUGUUAUUUUUAUUACCGGUUUUGGUGAAGGUAUUGGCUUUUAAUACCUAAUGAAUAAGUUGUCAAAACGGAAAAUAUGAAAGUCAAUAUGAAUACUUUGGAAAGUUUAACAUAUGUCAGGAUUUUAGAUGCUUAUAAAGAGACAUGUGUAAUAUUAAUGGUUGGGAAGAACUGUUUACUUUUUUUUUAUCCAGCAAGUUUGCUCUAUAAUAGGCGUUAUAGGACACCGUACUCAGCCUAUUAGUGAACAGUGCACUGAGCUUAAUUUGUGUUGCAGAAUAUCUUUUAGAAUACAGGUAGUUUAUUACCAUGCUCAAUUCAUUACUUUCACAUCAAUAGAUUGUUAUUUGUUCAGGUAGUCAGUUGUAUAGUAUUGGUAAAACCUGGGAGUACACUAAAGAGCAUGGGAGGUAAUUGAUGUAAAAGGAAUUGAUUUGUUGGGUAUUCCAGUGAAGAAGUGCAGUUUAUACAUGAAUUAUGUUGUCUUCACUAUUGUACUAUAAUUAUUUAUUUUUGUUUUUAACUAUUUUAGUUUAAUAUUUGAACUAUUUUAAGAUUGUUCUGAAGUCAUGUUGAAUGUUGAUAUAGCCAUUCAAAUAGUCUGUUGACAGUCAUUAUGUAAAUUCAGUGCCCAAGUGUGAAGGGUUUUUGUAAUAUAUUUUCACAUAAAUUUUAUGCGAAA